GGUUAUGGAACAGCAUUCAUAUUUAAGGAUGAACUGGAUGUUUUCACCUUCUCAGCGCAUUGUGGGAAAAACGUUCCUGUGAGAAAACAACAGUCACCUAGAUUUUGCAUUGAAGACAAAGAGCAUGUUUCGAAAGGAAACACCUCGGCUGGAUAUAGUGCUCUAUACUUCUGGAGUGGAUCCACACUGGAAGGAUGAACUUGGAAGACUUUAUCUCACAGAUGAAGGACUUUACCAGAGGGAUCUUUUUGUUCUUCAGACAGUCAUUAAAAGGGGCAUUCCUGUGGCUACUGUCAUUGGAGGAGGCUAUUUCAGAGAUAUUGAUCAACUGGUGCGCAGGCACUCAAUAAUUCACAGAGCUGCAUCAAAGACUUGAACCUUCUCAGCCACUACGCACCAAUUGGCGUGAUCCAAGUAAGUGUGCAAAACAUGGAGCUCAUCAACAUGGUUUUGGAUCAACUGUGUCAGUUCUCCUUCCCUGAAUACGUGGUAGUAUCUCAGACA